AUGGCGUUGUUACGUCGCCUGGCCAUAACAUCUGCGGUGGUUGGCGGGCCAGCCUGCUACGUCUACGCGGCGGUCACGCGACUCGAGGCGACUUACCCACGCCUCCAGCCCGAGACUGCAUCAACUUCCGCCCUCAGGACUGCCUCAGCAAACACCUACCUGCACCCCGGAAGACACCACACCCCUCACAUCGACGUCUACAGCGCCAGGGUGCCAGCAGCAGUCCUGCACGAGCAACAUGACCCAAGCUCCGGCCGCAGGCUGAGUCCCGACGAGGCCUGGGCCCGCCUCUUCCUGCGCUCACCCGUGCUGCAGCUCGAGGGCAAGCUCUUUGGUGGAUUCUCCAACGGCACGGGCGACGUCGGCGACCAUGGCUUUCACAGGGGCCAGAGGCUCCUCAAUGGCGUCUUCGAGGUGUUGAGGGUCCCCUCUGAACCUCCGUCCGUCUUCCGCCCGCUCGCCCACCCUGAGCCCCUGCUCGUCCAGUGGGUAUUCCCACCACACCUUGUGGCAUUCUGCCGCACUGCCGCCGCGGACUGGGGCUACCCUUUCCGUUUCAUGAGCGGCGGACGCCACGAGUUCAGCGUCGGCGACGUGGACAAGACCGGCAUGGUCGAGGUGCGGUUCGGCUCCGCUCAUGACUAUGAGUGGGCCGACAGCGAGGGCAAGAACCAAAAGACCAUCCCGGAAUGGGUGUCAAGGCUACACAGGGCUUAUACCAUGUGGCUGCUAGACGAGAGAGUUCGGGCCUUGAAGAUGCAGGCUGGUAAAGGGUCAUGA